AAUUUGAAGCAAUAUGAAAAAGCAAUUAAAUGUUACAAUGAAGUAUUAUCUAUGAACCAUAAAUAUGUUAAAGCAUGGAAUAACAAGGGUUAUACAUUAAAUGAUUUGAACUAAUAUGAAGAAGCAAUCGAAUGUUACAAUGAAGCAAUAUCUAUUUCCCCUAAAUUUGUUGAUGCAUGGCAUAAAAAGGGUCAUGCACUAAAUGAUUUUAACUAAUAUAUAGAAGCAAUUGCAUGUUACAAUGAAGUAAUAUCCAUUAACCCUAGAGAUGAGUAAGCAUGGUAUGACAAGGGUUGUGCAUUAGGAAAUUUGAAUUAAUAUAAUGAAGCAAUUGAAUGUUACAAUGAAGCAAUAUCUAUUAACCCUAAAAAUGUUGAUGCAUGGCAUAACAAAGGUUGUGCAUUAGGAAAUUUGAAUUAAAAUGAAGAAGCAAUUGAAUGUUACAAUGAAGUAAUAUCCAUUAAUCCUAGAGAUGAGUAAGCAUGGUAUGACAAGGGUUAUGCAUUAGGAAAUUUGAAUUAAAAUGAAGAAGCAAUUGAAUGUUUCAAUGAAGCAAUAUAUAUUAACCCUAAAUAUGUUGAUGCAUGGUAUAACAAAGGUUGUGCAUUAGGAAAUUUGAAAAAAUAUAAUGAAGCGAUUGAAUGUUACAAUGAAGCAAUAUCUAUUAACCCUAAAAAUGUUGAUGCAUGGCAUAACAAAGGUUGUGCAUUAGGAAAAUUGAAUUAAUAUAAUGAAGCGAUUGAAUGUUACAAUGAAGCAAUAUCUAUUAACCGUAAAUUUGCUAGAGGAUGUUAUAACAAGGGUCUUUCAUUAGCAAGUUUGAAUAAAUAUGAAGAUGCAAUUGAAUGUUAUAAUGAAGCAAUAUCUAUUUCCCCUAAAUUUGUUGAUGCAUGGCUUAAAAAGGGUUAUGCAUUAGGAAAUUUGAAUUAAUAUGAAGAAGCAAUUGAAUGUUUCAAUGAAGCAAUAUAUAUUAACCCUAAAUAUUUUAAUGCAUGGUAUUGCAAGGGACUUGCAUUAAGAAAAUUGAACUAAUAUGAAGAAGCAAUAGAAUGUUACAAUGAAGCAAUAUCUAUUAACCCUAAAAAUGUUAGUGCAUGGAAUGGCAAGGGUUGUGCAUUAGGAAAUUUGAAUUAAUAUAAUGAAGCGAUCAAAUGUUACAAUGAAGCAAUAUCUAUUUCCCCUAAAUUUGUUGAUGCAUGGUAUAACAAGGCCUAUAGGCAAUGCAUUAAAUGA